CCCAUCAGACCAUAGGAUGUCGGCGUACAAAGUGUCGCUACACAGCAGAUGGGCAGAGACAAACCUGGUGACGCCUUUCCGCUACUGGACACACUUCUGCUUCACGUACCAUCACGGAUCUGGCGUCUGGAACAUCUACAUGGACGGCAAACAUGGAGGACGCGGCCAGUUGCCUGCGGUGACUGGACCUCUAGAGGCCAACGGCGCCUACGUAAUAGGUCAGGAACAGGACAGUAUGGGUGGAGGGUUCCAGAGAGACCAGAGCUUCAGCGGAGAGAUCACCCUACUCAGUUUCUGGAACCGCAUCCUUGACUUCACUACUGUCAGGAAGCUGGCGAGUUGUGAGAUACAGGAGGAGGGGGACGUGGUUGGGUGGUCAUCUCUCUCAUGGAAUAUCUCCGGGGAGGUGUCGUGGAGGGUGCAGGACCUGGACGAGGUGUGUGAGCGAGCCACAAGACAUAUCACCAUCUUUCACGACAGGUUCUCACUCUCUGGUGCUCUACAUCUGUGUAAGGUAGUAGGCGGGAGGAUGGCGGUGCCAAAGACGGAGAAGGAGAACACCUGGAUCUACCACACGUCGAGGGACCGCGACAACUACUGCUCUGGCGGCCAGGGGUCCUCCUAUAUGUGGCUGGGAGCCAACGACCAGGAGCAGGAACGACAGUGGGUCUACUGGCAGUCAGGAGACAAACUCUCCUGGGAGGGGCCCUGGAGGGGAGCAGGACCUAAUGGUGGCUUGGUCGAAAACUGUCUAGUCAUGCUGUCUGGGGCCUUCCCCGGCCGGUGGUCAGACAUCGCCUGCCUAGACUCCUAUGAGUUUUGUGUCCCGUGCGAGUUCUCCUAUAGGUCCAGGCUAUACCUGAAGGGUCCUGCAGUGUGCAAUGCCUCACCUUUCAACCGGGAGUAUGUACUGGGGAAGGAGCUGGGGGGCCGAGUCACCCUCAAUGGCUACUUCCACUCAGACAUCUUCUGGCAUCACCAGGAAAAGUCUUGGGUCAUCGAGUCUCGUAAGGUAGCAGGGGCUGUGGCAAACUGGAAGCCACCGGAGGAAGGAAUGUACCCUCUAGGCACCAAGACGUGGGCGAUAAAUGGAAAAGUGUGUGGGCUGAGGACGGGGGACACUGUCAACCUCACCCUGUCUGUGUGUGGUGGGGGACAGUUCACUUGCGCUGAUGGAACCUGCAUCCUCCUGUCACAGCGCUGUGACCUCAGGGUCGACUGCCCCGACCAGAGUGAUGAGGCACAGUGUUCUGUGGUGGAUGUGCCCAAGGGGUACCGCAACACCAUCCCUCCUCCUCCCAUUAGCGAGGGCAACCCGCUCAGUAUCAAUCUCUUGAUAGACCUCAUUUCCUUCCCGUCAAUCGUCACCCAAGAACUGACUUUUGAUACCACUCUCGCACUUAACCUCCGCUGGAAGGACGUCCGCCUCAACUAUCUCAACCUCCAUGAUGACCGCACCCUCAACCUGCUCUCUAAUGAGGCCGUAGGUAAUAUAUGGACGCCACGAGUGUUCUUCAGCAACGCUCAUGGCAACGUAUUCACUAACCUGGACCAGGGAGCCAGGGUGGAGUGUAUACGUCAGGGCCACUCAAAGCCAGGCCCUCCCUACCUCACCCACGAGAGUCAGGAACUUCUUUCCAUUAUGACUGUUACAGUGAACAUCUUCAAUGGUUAUGAGAACAGUAUGGAAAUGGGUCAGCUAUACACUGUCACCUAUGGUUGCGACUUCGACCUUAUCAUGUUUCCCUUCGAUGCUCAGAUAUGUUCGCUGCACUUCACGCUAGUCUCAGCAGCCUUCUCUUACAUGAUACUGAUACCCUACGCUGCCAACUAUUCUGGACCCAAGGACCUGAUUGAGUACACCAUAGGGCGCGUGACUAUGAAGACAAAGGAGGAGGGGGAGUUCUCCAGUGUGUGGGUGGAAGUGAGGUUCGUCAGGCGUUAUGGCUUCUACCUGCUCACCCUCUACAUCCCCACCACCCUCCUUAUCGCCAUCGCCUACUGCACCUUCUUCUUCAACCCCGAGGACUUCAACUCUCGCAUCGUAGUGGCCCUCACCGCUCUCCUCGUUCUCUCCUCACUCUUCACCCAGACGUCCAACUCCCUGCCUAAAACAUCCUACUUCAAGCUCGUGGAUGUGUGGUUGUUCUUCUCCAUUGUCAUCAUUUUCAUAGUGGUGAUACUGCAGACACUCAUUGACUUCUCUGGCAACAAGAAGUGGUUCUCCUGCUUGGACAGAAAGAGCUCCACAAUGAUACAAGUGCUGGAGAAAGGGGAGCCCCAGCCUACAGCCCCAUCCUCAGAUCCCACUUUUCCCAGAGUAGUAGGACAAGCCAACAUGGGCAUGGUUAAGUUUGGAAGAAUGAUCAUUCCUACCAUCUUCCUCAUCUUUAAUUUGGCCUACUGGGGUUCUGCUCUCACGUAA